AUGGGGCUCUUCAAAAAAUCCCCAGAUGGCGAUGAGGAAUCGUCCCGCCGCGCCCUGUUCAGCUCCCGGUCGAAGAACAAGAGCCCAGCGCCGCCGAUUUCGAAUCCCUACGCCCAACCCGUGCCGAUGGACCCGUACACAAGAGCCAAGAUCAGUGCCGGUGUGGCUCCUCCCCCUCAGCCCGACCAGAAUGCCGGCAUGAGCGGUUCCCCCGGACCCCAUUCGAUUCCAGCCGACAACAAGCACGGCGGCUACGCUCCCAAUCAGUACGGCAACCAGGGCGGAUAUGGAAGCAAUCGGUUUGGCGGACCCAGUGCUGGCGCUGGCGCUUCUGCUGCUGCUGCUGCACCAUCUCGCUACGGUGCUGGUGGCUAUGGAGGACUGGGCAGCGCUGACCCCAACGACCCGGCGGCCGCAGCCCAACGGAACGAACUUUUUGGUAGUGCUAGAGACCGGGCACAGCAGAGUCCGCAGGGCUCUGGGGCACCACCUCCGUACACGGACAAUCAGUCGAAUACCUAUGGAGGCGGCAGCAACGAGUACAGCAUGUCGACCUUCCAGGACCGACAACUCACCGCGGAAGAGGAGGAAGAAGCGGGUAUCCAGGACACCAAGCAGGAGAUCCGCUUCGUUAAGCAGGGAGAUGUUGCGUCCACCCGGAACGCCCUUCGUGCUGCCCAGCAGGCUGAGGAGACCGGUCGGGCCACCCUAGCCCGCCUGGGGGGCCAGAGCGAGACGAUCCACGACACCGAGAAGAGCCUUGACAUGGCGUCGAUUGAGGGCCGGCUUGCCCAGGAGAAAGCGCGGGAGCUCAAGACACUCAAUAAGAGCAUGUUUGCCAUGCAUGUCAGCAACCCGUUCACCAGCUCCCAACGUCGGCGAGAUCGCGAUGAGCGCAUCCUCAACACCCACCGCGCGGAGCGUGGUCUGCGUGAAGACACCCGGGCCGAGGCGUAUCAGACCAACGCCCGGAUGGAGCGGACAUUCCGUGAUAUUGACAAGGAGGCGACGAAGGCGGCGAAGGGACGCAAGGCCAACGUCACGGAGCGCGCCAAGUACCAGUUCGAGGCGGACAGCGAGGACGAGGCGAUGGAGGAUGAGAUUGAGCAAAACCUGGACCUUCUGGGAGGAGCCGCGGGCCGGUUGAACGGGCUUGCUAAAGCGACAGGCCGCGAGCUGGACGAGCAGAACAGACAUCUGGAUCGUAUCAUGGGCAAGAGCGACUUCGUCGACGACCAGAUUGCCAUGAACCGGGCCAAGCUGGACCGCAUCCAUUAA